GAUCACGUGGCGUGGGCUCGGCCAAUCGGCUGUCGUCGCGGGGCGUGGGCUCGAGGCGGUCGCUGUCCCGCUCAGUGCAGCCGCAGCAGCAGGGACCAUGUCUGACUUCAACGAGGACCAAAUUGCGGACUUCAAGGAGGCGUUCUCCUUGUUUGACCGGACCGGCGACCUGAGGAUCGGCUACAACCAGUGUGGCGAAGUCAUCCGGGCCCUCGGUCAGAACCCCACCAAUGCGGACGUGCUGAAGCUGCUCGGAAACCCCAAGCCAGACGAAAUGAGCACAAAGACCUUGGACUUUGAGCAGUUCCUACCCAUGCUCAGCACCAUCGCCAAGUCCAAGGACCAGGGUACCUUUGAGGACUUUGUGGAGGGCCUGCGUGUGUUCGACAAGGAGGGAAACGGCACAGUGAUGGGAGCUGAGCUCCGCCACGUUCUCACCACGCUCGGAGAGAAGAUGUCCGAGGAUGAGGUGGAGCUACUCCUGGUAGGGCAGGAAGAUAACAACGGAUGCAUCAACUAUGAGGCUUUUAUCAGACACAUCAUGUCUGGCUGAAAAGCCCGUUAUGAGUUUGUCAGGCACAUCCUGAAUGGUUGAAGAUUCCAGAUGGACAGAACAUCAAAAUACACUUUUGUAUCACCAUAACCAUUUAUGACGACACGUACAUUACACACAGCGUAUAUUACUGCAUGUCUUUAUUUAACUUUAAAAAGUUAAAUUCACCAAAAUAGUGCACACAUUCAGACAUUCCAUAUUUACUGCACGUCUGUUUUCAAUACAUUCCUUUCACUUAAACUUUCAAAGCAUAUUUCUGAAGACCUUUUUCAUUUACUAUUAUGACUUGAGUUUUACAUCUCAAAUGGUGUAACAAUCUUGCAGAUGCAUUGAACUGUUGCUGACAGUUGCGCUUUGUAUGUGCACCCUAAUAAAGGUUAAAUACUUUC